AUGUCAGCAGCUGAGUACUACGGAUCUUCUGACAACAAGCAGACUUACCAACCUAAUGAUGCACCCCCACCAAAUGCAGGGUAUGUACAACCACCUUAUCAGGGUGAUUCUAAAGGAUACGGUUACCAGGAUCCGCCAUAUUACCAGCAAUCACACCAAGGCUACUACCAGGGUGGAGCGCCACCACCACCAGGUGGCGGGUACUACGGUGGCAAUCCAUACCAACAGAACCCCGUUUACGUCCAGCAGCAGCCUCAGAGCAAUUCUUACAAUAGCUGCUUAGGUGCCUGUCUUGCAGGUAUGUGUCUGUGCUGUACAUUAGACAUGUUAUUCUGA